UUAAUCUCUUUACAUGUUGCGCAUUUAAGAAAAAGAAUUUAAAAAAUGAUCCUGCGCGCUCAUCAUUGGCGUAUGGAAGAUUUGUCUCAAGUGCUAUAUGCGAUCACUACUGAUUGAAGAAAACCGAGACCAAGACAAAACCAAGACCAACAAUUUUAGUUCUACUUUUGUGUCGGGGGACUACUCUUCAAAUUGUAUAUUUGUCCUAAACAUUUAUCCAAAGCAAAAAUCCAAAUAAUUACCAGCUUUGAUAAAACUCGGUGUUGUGCUCAUUUCACGUUUAUGUUUAAUUAUUUAAUUAUAAACGUUGAUCCGUUUUUGGAAUACCGAUCAUCUCUCUGAGUAAAUUGGUUUUUAUAAUUUUAAAUACAAUUUUUAAAUUUUGUAUCUCCGGAACGUUUUGAAUAUUUUGUCCGAUAUUUGUGUAAUACGGGGUAAUGCAUUGUGUAAAAAAUAAUUUGUAAAUAUUUUAUGGAUACCUUUCCUGACGAUUUAUUUAUUGAAUAUUAAGCAAUAAGGAAUUGCAAUUUUUUUGUUGGAAAAUAAACCUUAGCCUAACUAAUGCUAAACGAAGUGAAAGAGAUGUACGAAUUGGAAAAAGAAAAUAAUUGUUGUCAGAUCUAGCCCGCGUCGUAGAUAAUUUAAAUAGACUUUCUUCAACAUCAUACUAAUAUAAACAGAAAAGUUCAAUGAAAAAGUGUCAUAACAUGUAGUAUUUUAUUAUUAAAAUUAUCUUUUUAGUUUGAUACACUACAAAUACAUAUAUAUGUGUUCAUGGCAUAAAAGUUUAUGCAGGAAAUUAUACAAAUCAAUUUUGGUACCUAAUCACUGCGAGAUAAAUUGAAAUCAAUCUAAAAUCAAACAAAUCGGAUAUGGACUUAAAAUGUGAAAACAAGGCUUCCGUUAUUAUACGGACACUUUUGAAAAACUUCAUAAUUUAAAGCAUCUAUUAAUUUUACCAGUGCAAAUUCAAAAGUGGUGGUUUAAAUCUCUCAAUAAAAAAUACUUAAACAUUUCCCCUGAAUCACAAUAAUCAAUACAAUUCAACGUGAAAAUAAACAAUAUCUUAUUUAGAAACCAACAUCAUCAUAUUGUGUCAAACAUUUAUUUUAAUGUUUGUCCAAGUUCUAUUUCAUGACAUAAUGCCUCUGUAUAAUCUCAUAAUCGUUUGGUUUUUCAUGCCUAAUCUUAUAUGCGGGCAGCGUCCACUUUUUAAUCACUCUUCUAAUUCAAUUUCACAUAAUGGAAAUGCGUUGGGACAGAAGCUUCGAAACAGUGGGUCCAUUCGAGAACCGCUGCACUCGCAAACAACUCAGACAACGUUGCUUCAUCCUCCGGUAAAUCAACUUAUUAACUUCGAUGAUUUGCAAAAUUUGGGAAGCACGAGACUCCCGCCUGGGAGAAGGGGAAAUAGGCGUAGAGACCAGUUACUUUACCAGCAGCGGCCACAGAACCAGCAGAGGCAGUCUACAUUCGACUCUUUACGCAAGGAAUUGAUGAAACCUGAACUGUCCUACUCACAAGUUGCUUCGGUUGGAAAUAUUAUGGGUGUUGGUGUCACUGGUGCGGGUACUCCUGGAAGGUUCCCCGAAAUCAAUCAACUGGCUCCAAUAUAUACAACGCGAAUACCACCGCAAUCGCCUAUUGACAAUAGACCAUCAAGACUGCGGGGCAGGAAGAAUAGCUCCAUGAAUGAAAUUCUAAAUUUAGCCUAUAGCCAACGACAUCAGCAAGAUGCCGAACGGCAAAGUGACGAUCCGACAAAUGGCGCCAAUGACGAUACUAUUGAUGGAAUCUAUGCGAAUCCAAUGAAAAAGAUUAAAGAACGCAUAAAAUUAGCCCCAUACAACGCAUAUGAGCCACAAAUUGAACGUACUCAGUCAUCAGAAAUGGAAGAUUUAUUGGGUGUCAAGUGCACCUUUGAAACUCCUUGCGCAUGGAACUGGACAGAAAACUUAAGCGAUGGUUUUCAAAUCGUUACAGGCACUGAAUUAGCAAAGAAAAACAUGACCGGAGUAAUGCCUGGUCCAAUUGCAGAUUCCAAAGGAGAUGCUAAUGGACAUUUUCUGUACGCUCGUCUUUCACCCAACACUGUCCAAGUCAAUCUCACUUCACCACAAUUCAGCACCACGAUGGAUAAAUGUCAGCUUGAAGUUUAUAUACACCAAAGUGAUAUGAGUCGUGGAUUAUCAAGAAUCGUUAUCAAGACAUUACACUCCUCUAAAAGUCAGUGGGUACCAGCAGAGUUAGCUGGCAAUAACUUACGUUAUUGGGAACAUCAAGUAUACCGUAUCGGGCGCAUAACACGUGAUUUUCGAAUUGCAUUCGAAAUUGUUCCUAAUCUCAGCGAUUCACAGCGAGCUCAUGUAGCUAUUGAUAAUUUGCGAAUGGUAAAUUGCUUUCCAGAAGGAACUAAAAGCGAAAAAUGCAGCACCUCACAGGUGAAGUGCAUGAUGAAUAAGGUUCCCGUGUGUAUUCCCUUACCAAGAAUUUGUGACAUUAAUCGAGACUGUGACGAUGCUGAAGAUGAACUGCAAAAUUGUGACAAAAUACCAUAUGGCGGGCGGUGUGACUUUGAGAGCGGUUGGUGUGGUUGGCGUGAUUCGGGUAAAACUGUCCUCGCUUGGUCACGUUACACAGGAUCAUCACCAACACAUGACACUGGACCAGAUAGCGAUCACACCUAUCAGCAUUUACUCAAUUCAACCGGAUAUUACAUGCUAGUCGAUAUGAAUCAACACAUAAACAAUUCAGAAAAAGGAUCACUAAUAGGUUUUGCUAGUAAUGCCAUCAUGAUCAGUAAGACUUUUAACCCACCACCUAUGGUUCAUGGUGAUGCCAAUUCACCAUACCGGAAUUCCUGCGUUGUUCGGUUUUAUAUUCAUCAGUUCGGUAAAAAUCCUGGAAGCAUAAACCUUUCCGUAGUUGAAAUGAAGGAGAAGGAAAACAUAACAACGACCCUCUGGUGGAGUACAAAAAAUCAAGGCAUAGAUUGGUUGCGAUCGGAAUAUGUUCUCCCAAAUAUAACUUCAAAAUACUAUCUCCAAUUUGAAGCUCGAAUGGGUAUGAGGAUUUUUUCAGAUGUAGCAAUGGAUGAUUUUUCCUUGAGUCCAGAAUGUUUUGGCCUUAAUAUACCGAAGGAGCAUUUAAAUGGUUACGACUAUUGGGACGUGCGGUACAAUAUGAAAAGUCCAUCGCAUACAGAUUUUGAAUAUAAGCCCUAUAUGGAACUUACUACUUGCGAUACACGGGGUAUGAUAGGUCCGACAGCUUCACAAUGCGAAGCGUUUUACAAACAACAUAAUAAAUCACAUGUUUUGAAAGAAGUUCGAGUUAUAGAAGAUCAAAGCACAUACAAAGGAAUGCAGAAAUGGAAGGUUCCAAACGAAGGCCAUUACACAAUUAUCGCUAAGGGUGCUAGUGGAGGGCUAGGUUCAGGUGGAGUUGGAUCUUCCCGAGGUGCAAUGGCUGUGUCAGUUCUUGAACUGCAUAAAAAUGAAGAGCUGUACAUAUUGGUUGGGCAACAAGGUGAAAACGCUUGUAUAAAAUCGUUGAAUUUCAAAGAUGAGGGUUGUCGGUCUGAUAGUGAGAUAAACGAUGAUUUGAGUAGAUACAGCUUUAAUUCUAAAGCAUAUAUGGUGAAGAAUAUAGUCAUUGAAAAUGGAGCCGGAGGAGGUGGUGGUGGAUCUUUCGUGUUUCUGUUAAACUCCGCAAAAAAUGAGGCAGUACCAUUGAUUGUUGCUGGUGGUGGUGGUGGUCUUGGAAUCGGAAGAUACAUUGACGAGGAUUUCCAGCAUGGACAGCCACCAAAUCCAGCAAGACCAGGUGCAUCAGGACAAAUACACGGAGAAAGCAUAAGUCAAAAAACAGCCGGUCCCGGUGGUGGUUGGAGAGCAAAAGAAGACACAGCACUAAGCCCUCGAUAUGGAGCCGCUCUCUUGCAAGGCGGUCGUGGAGGCCUUUCUUGUUACGCUGAAGGACAGGAGAGCCACAAUGGCCCAGUAAAUAACCAUGGUCAAGGUGGUUUUGGCGGUGGUGGUGGAGGCUGUAAUACCGGAGGUGGUGGAGGUGGUUUUGCUGGUGGCGAUGUGUAUCUUAACGAAUCUAAUGGAGAGGGUGGAACUUCGUACAUUAACACAGCACGGAGUUUAAAAGGCCUGAACAUAAUUUAUGAAGGCGCAAAUAGUGGUGCUGGUUCAGUCAUUAUCAUCCCAGCAAUCGAAGGGUGUGGCUGUGAUUACCGGUGCAUUGCUCUAGAUGAAUUUCGAGCUCGAACUCAGUGUAUCUGCCCGGAUGGUUGGCAUCUUAAGAAGGAUAAUAGUACUGCUUGUGAAAUGAAAACUGAUGAACGUAUACCAAUGCACUAUUUGGUAACACUCUUCUUAGUUCUUAUUGCAAUGUUAGGAACUGCAUUGAGCUCGUUAAUUCUUAUUUUAUAUAACCGAUAUCAGAGAAAGAAACAGGCGUCAAUUCGCCAUAAGAUGCUCAUGGAGCAGGAUCUGCAACUAAGUCGUCUUCGUCAUAACACCGAUGAUCCAGCUUUACCUAAUUUUAAUCCAAACUAUGGUUGUGACGGUCUCCUUAAUGGAAGCGUUGAAGUGAAGAGUCUUCCGCAAGUUGCUCGAGAAAGCUUGCGCUUGGUGAAAGCCCUAGGCCAGGGUGCAUUUGGUGAAGUGUACCAAGGUCUUUAUAGACACCGCGAUGGCGAUGCAGUUGAGAUGCCAGUAGCUGUCAAAACAUUGCCCGAGAUGUCAACCGGUCAAGCCGAAGCUGAUUUCCUCAUGGAAGCUGCAAUUAUGGCCAAAUUUAAUCAUGCCAACAUUGUUCAUCUUAUUGGUGUUUGUUUUGAUCGACACCCACGAUUUAUUAUUCUUGAACUACUGGCCGGGGGUGAUUUAAAAAUAUUCCUUCGCGAAGGACGCAACAAACCAGAGCGCCCAUCGCCAUUGAUAAUGAAAGAUUUGAUAUAUUGUGCAUUGGACGUGGCCAAAGGAUGUCGGUACAUGGAGAGCAAACGUUUUAUACAUCGUGACAUUGCAGCUAGGAAUUGUCUUCUCAGUAGUAAAGGUCCUGGACGAGUAGUUAAAAUUGCUGAUUUUGGUAUGGCAAGAGAUAUUUAUCGGAGUGAUUACUAUAGAAAGGGUGGAAAAGCUAUGCUUCCAAUCAAAUGGAUGCCACCAGAAGCUUUUCUUGAUGGAAUAUUUACAUCAAAAACUGAUGUUUGGUCUUUUGGUGUACUUCUUUGGGAGGUUUUCAGUUUGGGCUUGAUGCCAUAUACUGGACUACAAAAUAGAGAUGUUAUGCACUUGGUGACUAAUGGUGGUCGCUUAGACGCACCUCCAGGGUGUCCAGCAAUAAUUUAUAGGCUAAUGGCUGAGUGCUGGAAUCCAACUCCAGAAGAACGUCCUUCAUUUUCAAAUAUCUUGGAAAGACUGAGCAUCUGCGUACAGGACGAAGAUAUGCUUAAUUUACCCUUACCAAGCAUUUUCCGACCACCAUCGGCAGAGAAUGAUCAAACUAUAAUGCGACCACCGGGAAAUGACGACUUCUGUCUGCAAGUGCCGCACUCAUCGGACUAUCUCAUACCACUACCUGGUCCUCGUUCUAUUGCCGAUCGUCUACUACAAGAGUCAACCGGUGUCACUUUUAUCGAAAGCAUGGCUACAUGCACGCCACCUGUGGUAACAUCUCCAUCAGCACCAAUCAAUACCGACGAAAACGGCUGCUGGGAAACAUCUUUUAUAAUGCCGAACUCCAAGAGUGAUCAGCCAUUGCUCUCAUCGUCGCAUGAUUCAAAGCUCAGCAUAAACGGAACAGAUGAUGGAUCCGUAGUGGCAAACCACAAUCACAACAAUCAUCAGCUCAAUUCACAGAGCACAAGUCAAAAUAAUAAUAAUAUUCAUCGUUCUCCUCCUCUGUCGUCAACUACAACAGCAACGCACAAUAGCAAUGACGAUGAUGCAGAUGGACCUAAAUUAAUAAGUCUAGACACACCACAACCUACUCCAACAACAAUCAAGCCACCAUUAUCAUUCACCCAGCUAGACGGGAUAACGCUUGAUCCAUCGGCGCUAUCCAAGGGCAUGCAUCUUAAUAAUUCAGCUGCAACCAAACAGUCCUAUGCCAAUAUACAAAUGGUCAACUCCGUUAAGUCUGAGAUUCCCUCAGAAAAAAUGAACGGAUCUGUUGUUGGAAGCACGGCAAAUAACUACGAUUCUAAUACCGUGCCCAACCACUCCAUGAAUGGAAGUGCUGCGCCUCCGUUCACGAUACAGGGCUUUAAUGACCGGUAUAACUUGGGUAAGGACAACCAUUCCGAAAUAAGUUGUUGAAAAAAUUAGAAUAUUAACCACACGUAUAUACUUAAUUAAGUCUUAAUAGAGGAAUGUUGUGAGUGAUAGGUUUAUAAGCUGAAAAAAAAUUAUUUAUUAAUUAAUACACAACUUUUGAGUGAGAAAGAGAAAAUAUUUAAAUUUUAACAAACAUAAAAAGCGCGCAUAUAAUGUAACAGAUACAUAGAAACAAAAAUAACAUGAUAAGUUGGUAGAAUGGAUAUUUUUUAAAUUUAAAACAAUUUUUUUUAUUUUAUUUAAAACAAAUUAUUUGGAAAGUAAUAAUAGUUCAGAUUCAAACACGCUAACUUUUAACUAUUGUUCAUAGAAUUUCGAUGAGGAAAGAGUGUAUAUGAACGGACCAUUUCUAUUAAAGACCACUCUUCCAUUGUUCUCUUGAACAUAACAAUUUUGUUGGGAUGGCAUAAUAACUACGUUCUUAAAAUGAUGAAAUUUCCUAAAUAUUAGAAGAAAAACAAGUAUUUUUUUUUUUAAAUUAUAGGUUGAAUGGCCCGUAUUGCCAACUUGGCAGAAGUAAGAGAUAAAUCGUAAUGAACACUUUGCAGAGUCUAUACCAUAAAAUACCACUUAACCGUUGACAUUAUAAAAAUUGAUCGAAGUUUACGUGGAUUUUUUACGAGUGCCGUAAUUAAUAUUAAGGCUGACAUUUCCAACAAACUUAAGCUAUGGUUCUACAUUUCACUUCACUCGAAUUUUUUAUUUUUUUACAAAACACAGAACAAAUAUAAACAUAUUGACUGAUGUGCUAUAAUAUCAACUGCUUUAAUUUCCCUUGAAGUGAUUUCGAAAAGAAUUUGAAGUUAUGAAAUCGAUCGAAUGAUAGAACCCUGAAAACAAUUUCUCUAGAUUUUCAAUUUGCAUUUCGAUUUCUUUGCACUUGAUUUUGGAAACUUAGCUGAUAUGUACAAAAGUGGAUCGAUUUCUUUUUUAUUUUCGAUUUCGGCCAUUGAUAGAAAGUUGUUACCAUCAAAACAAAAUGAAAUAAUUAAACUUUUCGAAAAAAAAAAAUUGUAUACCUCUCCAAGCCUCCUGAAAAGUUGAAUUUUAUGUGAAGGAAUAAAGGAAAACAUUUAUUUCAUUUUUUAUUCAUGUUUUAAUACGCUUUAAAGAAAGAAACAAACAACAUUCUUAUUUAAAUAUUUUCUUUCAAAGUUAUUAAAAUAAGGAUUGAGCAAUUUUAUAAUCUUUUUUUGAAAUAAAAAUAGGCAUUAUUCUGCAGGAUUCAAGUGUAGUUCUGAUGAACCCAUCUCUUCUGGUUGUACCGCAUACUGCAGCUGAGGCCUCUGUAACAAUUUUGAUACACCUUUCUGUAGCUUGAAUGUGACAGGGAAAUUAAUUUAGAAUAGACAACAUCAUUGAAUAAAUUUUGUCUGGUAUUUUUAUACAUUCUUUUAUGAUGUAACGUUCAACUCCUUCCAAGCAAUGAUGUCAAUGUAGUCCUUAGAAUUGAAGUUAAAUUCCGGAACUUUAAAUAUUCUUGAACCAGAAUAUAAAGCAUCUUUUCAUUUCAAAAUCCUUCGCAAGGCUAACAAGUUUAUUGAUUUCCUUUCGUCUGCCAACAUCGUAAGAAGAAUGUUUUCAGGAUUUUCAAAAAAGCCAUUCCUUGGAACUACAGGAUCAAUCACAGCUUACAAGUGUUCUGGCAUAUAUUUCGACAGAAGUACAGUUUUAUGCAAGUGUUUUGAUCCGGGGUUGUUUUUGGAAAGACAUUCGUUGCAAUGACUACAAUUAAUAGAUCGGUGCUCAGAUCUUUAGCAUUUGACAUAUUUUAUUUCAUGACUUACGGUAAAUGCUUUUCCGUUUGAUAAGGAAAUUUGUCCCAUAUAUUCUGAGUUUGGCUCUUUGACCAGACUUAUAUGCUCCUCGGAAAGCAUUUUCCGUCUGGAAGAAUCAGCCAUGGAAAGUGUUUUGUCCUUUCGUUCAUCGAAGUAUACUCCAAAUAAUUCUUUUAUUAACAGAGGUUUCUUGGCUAGAAUACCCCUUUCCCUAUUAUUAUUAUUUUAUUAUACAUAUUAUUAUUAUUUUGUUUCGGUCUACUACAUUGUCGGUGUCUUCCUUCGUAAUAAGACCAAUGUCUUGAAGUGUUGCAGAAACGAUUGCUGCUGCAGCCUUGUCUGAAAUACCGUAUCUAUCAAGAGCAUGACCGACAGUAGACAUCGAUGACUUUGAAAGUUUCUUUGGACCUGCCGAAGAUGUUGACGGCUCCAUAUGUGAUAAAAUCUCUUCUUGAAUUUGAUAUUCUGAUUCCUCUUCAGAAGUAAACUCGUUUUCAGUAAGCUGGGAAUUUAGGUUCAUGGAGAUUUGUUUGGUUUCUACUCUCAUAAUUUCUUUUUCGGGUCAAUUCGUGUUCUUAGUUCAAGUUUUAAUUUAGCAUCUAAGCUCCCAGUGCCCAUUUUACGCCUGGUUCGUUGGUCUAUGAAAAAGGUAUCUACAAUAUUGGAACUUUAGCUGUUUUUCACAUUUACAUGCUAAAAAAUCAUCACACUUACAAGCAGCUACAUAUGUAUAUCUAAUAAAGAUUUUGCAUCGUCCUUAAAAACCCGAAUGUUCUUCUGAUAUGAAUCCAAAGCUUUUCUUGAUUUAUAAGUCUUAAGUAAAUUCUUGUAACUUUCGUGGUACUACUUUAUCUUUCUUAUAACUGAACGGGAUCGAAGCUGUCUGCCAGAGCUUUAAUAAUUUUUCGGAGAUCUCCUCACAAGUGUCGGUAGCCAAAUUUUUAAAUUGAUUGUGUUUAUUGCAACUAACACACAAGUAACAUGGUAUAAUAUCUUCUUAAGUCGGCAAGACAUUAGAUCUAAAAUCUUGUGCAUUACCAAAAACCGGACAUAACAAAAGCACAACACAAUACAACAAAUUUGAAAGGAAUGAAGCAUAAUAUGUUUGACUAUUUUAAAUGGGGAAAUGUAUUGCUACUGCGUUCUAUUUGAAUUUUUUUAAACGGUUUAAGUCCAGUGUAGUGAUAGCUUGUAACGCAAAAUAUUGACAGUUUGCUUGUUAUAGGAUUCAAAUAAAAUAAUAUUAAGCGGAAUAAGGCACAUUUUCUGUAAUUUUGUUUUAAUAUUGUCUGUUUAAAUUUCAAGUGACUUGGGGCAGUAUUAAAAAUUGUUCAAUUUGAAAAAUAUUUUGGAUUUGGUAAUUGUAUACAACUUUUGAACCGCGACCGAUUUCUUUUUACGAUUUUUUUGUUUCAUAUCGAAUCGAUUCACCCUAUAAUGUACAUUGUGAAUUAAUUUUCUCACAGAUAUGUGAUAUUAAUUAUGUCUAUUUGAAAUGACAAUAUCGGAACGGACGGUUCAGUCAUAAGGGCUAUCUGGACAUUAAUCUAAUUAUAAUGUCCAAUGAAAGCUCAUCAUAAUAAUUCGUUCAUAAGUUAAGUAAAGUUCCGACUUUGAAUUUUAUGACACUUGAAAUUUGCCUUGAUCAAACUUUAUGUUAAAAAGCAGUUGACUUCAAAUGAAGUUACUUAUGGUGUCUGAAUCGACCAUUGAUAAGCUUUUUUAUAGAGUUAACUUUUCAAAUAAUUUUAGGUGUUGGUAGUGAUUUUUAUUUUUACAUAAAAUCUAUUUUUAUUUUUUAUUUGCGGGAAUUGAUUUUAUUUAUUAAAAACCUUACUUUUUUACUUGAAUAACCGCUUUCAAUUUUAAUAGUGUAGAAAUGAAAUAUGUUGUAACCAUUUGACUCUUUGAAUGAAUCCCAACUUUGUAGAGUAAAGACAUUUAAUGGUAAGAAAAAUGUAUGUUUAUUUUUACUUCUUACAAAAAAAAUUUGUAAAUCAAAACACAAAUGUUUGAAUUUAUUCUUUACGUUAAACAUAAUUUGGUAGAAAAUUUUGUUUUAGUAUUUCUAAAAUAUCCAAAUUCAACAGACUUGUUUGUGGUACAAAUGAACAAGAGCAAUGUAUACAAAUAUUUGAACGAGCUAACACAUUGUAUAUUAUAUAUGCAUAUAUAUGUAUAUAUUUAUAUAUAUAUGUAUAUAUAUAUAUGUACUCAAAGUAUAUAUAUAUCUUUAAGAUUAAGUAUGAAAUAAAUAAAUCAAUUUCAGUUAAAAAUAAUACCUAUAUAAUAAUAGAUAAUAUUUUGAUUGUGAAUGUCAAUAUCUGUUGUGUAAAAUAAAAGAAAAAAAAUGUGUAAUAUUUUUAUUUAAUAUUAAAAUCAAAAAAAAAUAAUUGUAAAAACAAAAUAACAUAAUAAGUAUGCAUUACAUUUAAGAAACAAACAUAAAACAUAGUUUUAUAGUGUUUAUAAGAUUAUAUUGUAUUUGCUUACCUAUACCCUUAUUAUUAAAUAAUUCAAUGGUAAGGUAAGAAAACUUAAAUUUUGUUUUUUUUUAAUGAACGAUGAUGGUAGUACAAGAAGAAAAAAGCUCAAACAAAAUAAAUAUUAUUAAGUACAUUAGAAACAAAGAAACAAAUAAGGAAGAUUUUUUUUUAAUUUUACGAAAGUCCACUGUUCACAAGCUUCACCGAACUUUAUUUGUUUUGUAACAUUGAACUCAAAGAAUUUGGUUCGUUCUACUUAAGCCCCUAAACACAAGAUGCUUCAAAUACAAAAACUAAACAAUUGGAUCUCGAAGAUUGAAAAUAUUGAUUAUCAAAAGCAAGUUCCAUGCUCAAACCACCAAUUUGAAAGAGCUUUCCUGAGAUCUGGGAAGAGAAGUGAAGUUCAAGUUGCAUACUGGCUAUUUACAUAUGUGCACAUACAAUAAUACUUGUAAUUAGUGUGUUCAAUUUUUAUUAAUUGAAUUUUCACAAAUUUUCAAAAGUUGCAGCUAAUUCUGGUUUGUUAUUUCCUCUGAAUUAAUAAAAAAUAUGUUUAGGAGAAAACUACGUGCUACACAAAUCCCACGUGGCAAUAAAUAUUUUCCUUAUCAAGAGAAGAGAUCUAUUCUUUUUCAAACUAUGUACUAUCUUUUGUUAACUGUUGUUAUGGGGUAGGUUCAGAUGACAUAAGAGACUGAUUUGCCAACUGCCAAAAAAUUGCUUUCCAAUUUAGGCAACUUUAUUGGAAAUUUGAAUGGAAAGUAACUCAAGAAAAAUGUCCUUAUAACUAACAAGUCAAGUAUAAUUAUGUCAAAAUGACAGUUUAUCAUGUUUUUUUUUUAAUUUAACUGAGAGCUUAACUUUAUUACUCUAUAAUUAUGUACAUAUUUCCUGGACAAUUCCAUUCAAUGUUUUUUUUUGUAAAAUUGUUUGAUUAGAAAUUAAUAAUAUUUCCUUGCAAUACAAAAUACAAACUGCAAUUAGGGCGUAC